GCUCCGGCGGCUGCCAGGUCACAUCAGCGGGUGAAAGACUGGGCGGGCAGCAGGGGCGUGAGCCCGCUUGGCGCCCGGCUGGUCCCCGGCGUGACUCCCGCGGGAGAAGCUCCCGGCCCCCGGCUGCAGCACCAUGAACAGCUCCCUGGCUCCGCAGGUGCAUUUCGCGGGCGGCUCUCAGCCCCACGACUCGCGGGAGUGGAAGGCGGUGAUCCCCGCUUUGCUGGGCGUCAUCUGCCUGGCGGGCUUGGCGGGGAACGCGUGUGUCAUCGGCAUCCUGCUCUACAACGCCAGGCGCGGGAAACCCUCCCUGAUCCACUCCCUGAUCCUCAACCUCAGCCUGGCGGAUCUGCUCCUCCUGCUCUUCGCCGCGCCCCUGCGGGCAGCCGCUUACUCCCGCGGCGCCUGGACCCUGGGCUGGUUCGUCUGCAAAACCUCCGACGGGUUCCUCCACACGUGCAUGGCCGCCAAGAGCCUGACGACCGCCGUGGUGGCCAAGGCUUGCUUCAUGUACGCCAGCAACCCGGCCAAGCAAGUGAGUAUUGAGACCCGCACGAUCUGCGCGGUGCUGCUGGCCACGUGGCUGGUGGCCCUGGUGAGCUCCCUGCCGCUCUGGCUCUUCAGCGCCCUUCGGGAGCUCGCGGCGGGCUCGCCCGCCUGCCUCGUGGCCGUGCCAGCCCCCGCCCGGGAGUUCAUGGCUGCCUUUGUCAAGCUCUACCCCCUGCUCGUGUUCUGCGCGCCCCUGCUCUGCGCCUUCCUUUAUUUCUGGCGCGCUUAUGGCAGGUGCCAGCGCAGGGGGACCAAGACCCAGAACCUGAGGAACCAGAUCAGAUCCAGGCGCCUUACAAUCAUGCUGCUGAGCGUCACUGUCACCUUGGCCGUGAUGUGGCUGCCGGAAUGGAUAUCCUGGCUGUGGGUUUGGCACCUAAAUCCAGCAGGGCCUUCUCCCCCCGAAGGCUUCCUGGCUCUGACCCAAGCCCUUAUGUUCACCAUCUCUUCAGCCAACCCUCUCAUCUUCCUGGUGAUGUCUGAGGAAUUCAGGGAGGGCUUUAAGGGCUUGUGGAAAAGGCUGACCCUGAAAAAGGCUCUCCCUGCCACAGACAACGAGGAACUCCCGGCUGCUAACUCUGAGGUUCUCCCCGAUUCGGUCCCUUCUCCAGAGCCAGUGAUUGCUGAGCAAGAGAAAGAACUCCCAGCUGCCCCUCAGGCCUUAGAAAGCCUGGAAAAGAAGGAGAUGCCCGUCUUUCCAGACGUAGAGCAAUUCUGGCAUGACCGAGAAGCAGCCCCCGAUGCUCAAGACAAUGACCCUAUUCCUUGGGAGCACGAAGAGCAAGAGACAGCAGGCUGUGAUCAGUAAGGUGGUCGGAGAUUAGAAAGCUACAAAAGUUUUAACCAGAGGAAGGGUCUUGUCAGUAUAGUUUUGUUACUUACCAGUGUGCUUAAGCGGAUACAGAAGACAUGCAAAUAAUGUUACUUUGAUGAAAUUCUUACCCUUUCCUGUGCUCAUUAAAUGUUUGGUUUCCUAA